CGGAGGGAUCCCGGAUCCGCCGGCCUGGGAAUUUCCGUCCUCUGUGCCAAGUCCGGAUGCCCCCGCCAAAGUCUCAGCAGCAAGCGGCAGAGGGAGGGAGCCGUCAGCCAGGCGCAACUGAGAACAACAGCACCAUGACCACCACCAGUCACCAGCCUCAAGACAGAUACAAAGCUGUCUGGCUUAUCUUCUUCAUGCUGGGCUUGGGGACACUGCUCCCCUGGAAUUUUUUCAUGACAGCCACUAAGUAUUUCACAAACCGCCUGGACAUGUCUCAGAAUGUGUCCUUGAAUGCUGCUGUAUUGAGCAAGGAGAUACAGGACCCAGCUGUCCCCACAGCACCCUUACCAGAACAGAGGUCUCUCAGUGCCAUCUUCAACAAUGUCAUGACCUUGUGUGCCAUGCUGCCACUGCUGCUCUUCUCCUGCCUUAACUCCUUCUUGCAUCAGAGGAUCCCCCAGUCUGUACGGAUCCCAGGCAGCCUAGUGGCCAUCCUGCUGGUAUUCCUGGUCACUGCCAUCCUGGUGAAGGUGCAGCUGGAUGCUCUGCCCUUCUUCGUCUUCACCAUGAUCAAGAUCAUACUCAUUAAUUCAUUUGGCGCCAUCCUGCAGGGCAGCCUGUUUGGUCUGGCUGGCCUCCUGCCCGCCAGCUACACAGCCCCCAUCAUGAGUGGCCAGGGCCUGGCAGGCCUCUUCGCCUCAGUGGCCAUGAUCUGCGCCAUUGCCAGUGGCUCAGAGCUGUCAGAAAGUGCCUUUGGCUAUUUUAUCACAGCCUGUGUGGUUGUCAUUUUGGCUAUCAUCUGUUACCUGGGUCUGCCCAGGCUGGAGUUCUACCGCUACUACCAGCAGCUCAAGCUUGAGGGGCCUGGGGAGCAGGAAACCAAGUUGGACCUCAUCAGUAAAGAUUCUUCUACAACCUGUCACCUGCCAGGAGAGGAGCCAAGAGCGAGCAAAGAGGAGUCCGGGAUCUCAACCCCCAAUUCUCAGGCUACCAGCAGAAACCCCUCUAUUAGAGCCAUCCUCAAAAAUAUCUCAGUCCUGGCCCUCUCUGUCUGCUUCAACUUCACGGUCACCAUUGGGUUAUUCCCUGCUGUGACUGCUGAGGUCAAAUCCAGCAUCGCAGGCACCAGCGCCUGGGGAGAUUACUUCAUUCCUGUGUCCUGUUUCUUGACUUUCAAUAUCUUUGACUGGUUGGGCCGGAGCCUCACAGCUGUUUUCAUGUGGCCUGGGAAGGACAGCUGCUGGCUGCCGAGCCUGGUGGUUGCACGGCUGGUGUUUGUGCCGCUGCUACUGCUGUGUAACGUCCAUCCCCGUCGCUACCUGGCUGUGGUCUUCAAGCAUGACGCCUGGUACAUCUUCUUCAUGGCCKCCUUCGCCUUCUCCAACGGCUACCUCGCCAGCCUCUGCAUGUGCUUCGGGCCCAAGAAAGUCAAGCCGGCUGAGGCGGAGACCGCGGGAGCCAUCAUGAACUUCUUUUUGUGUYUGGGCCUGGCACUGGGGGCUGUCCUCUCCUUCCUGCUUCGGGCAAUUGUGUGACCAUGGAUGAACAGAAGGACUACACUGCUGACCUGCCACCUGCCCCUUUUGCCAAGGAUGAGCAGGGUAGUCUGAAGGUUUUCUCUUCUUUUAAAGCCAACUUCUGCUUUCUUAUGCCCUGUGUGGGGCCUGGAUGUCCAGGCCCUGGGGAGGGAGCCUCUGAUGGACACUGAGAACAGUGGGCUUGAGGGUCAGACAGGAGGGGCGUGGCCUCUGACUGAUCACUGACUGGUCCCUGCAAGGCAGGUGAGGCUCCUGGGCUCGGAGAGCGUGUAUAAGUGUUUUGUUUCUAUCUGCCUACACCAGGGGUGGCUGGGGGGCCAGGACUGACCGUUGUAUGGUCUGAUCUGAUAUUUCCCCUCCCUCCUUUCUCCCCACGUGCUUCCUCCCCUUUCUCCCUGUCCCUUUCCCCUGCCCUUCACCCAUCCCUACCCAUCAUGCACACUAUAUUAGAUGCUAUUUUACUGCCUUUUUUUUUAUACUCAACAGAAACCAGGUGCCUUCAGAGGCUCUCUGAUUAAAUUAAAAAAAAWUUUUUUUUUUUCCUCUCUGUGCCUCCCUGUGUCCUCAGGCGACAGCUUAAGGCCUCGGCAUGGUAGAAGAUAGGAAGUAUGGGUCUGGAGGAAUGAGCAGGACCCAGCUGUAGGCCUGAGGGGUUGGGCCUCAGAGGAGCUGUAGUGACCCCUGCUGGGCCCACAGGGGAGGGACAGGCCUCCAGCCAGGACACCCGAACUGUGGCCCAGACAGAAAAGCCAAGUUUUUUCUUUGUUGCUUCAUUUCUCCUUUCACAAGGCUGGAGACAGAGACAGCUUCUUGUCUUUUCUUGGUCUUAACUGCUACCCACCCCCCAACUCUGUCCUCAGUCCCGGCAAUGAACUCUGAAAAACUGGCCAGCUCCACCCCCAGCUCUUGGCGGCACUCCUACAUCACUGGGCAGGAAGAGGCUGAGGCCUGAGGGUUCUCCCCUGCCUGGCACCCAGCCCUGACACCAAAAGCUCGGCCUGCCAGACUUCCUGGGGAACAAGGAGCCUAUGUGUCCCUCAUAUUGAAGCUGGACUUCUUCCUUCUCAGCCCAGACUCUAGCCUAUGGAGGGGUGGUUUGGAAUGGGACUGUGAGAGUCUCAGUGAAGGGGUCCUCACUACUGAGACCCCUGCCCAAGAAUAACUGCCUGGCUACAGGGAAGUGCAGUCCUCUAGUCAUGGUGACCCUCCAGCCCCAGCACUUGGGUAUAAGUCUCAGAAAGGCAGGAGGUUUUGCUGCCCUGCCUGGGCUGUCUGUUCACUGAUCUCUGACCAGCACAUUGCUACUGAGUUGGCACCUCUGGCAGAAUUUCCUCGCUUAUGGGAGUUUUUUUUAAUUGAAGGCUUCAGGCCUCAAUAAAUUCUAUUAGCUUAUUUUUCACUCUUCCAUGAGCUCAAGCCCUAAUGGGGUUGUUCAGUAUACCAUCUUAGUGGGAACUGAAGUCCAGGUGCUAAUUUGUCAAACUAGAGUAUGUAUCUGAGGUGAAGGUAGACAAGGUCUUCCUUCCAAUCUGGUUCAAGCUGCCGGAUGCUUAGGAUUCUUCCUCCUGAUGUGAUGCAAACUGAAGCUACAGACCUGAGAUCUUUCUCCUCUGCUUGCCCUCAGGCCUCCCUGCUUUCCCCAUUGUACCSAAACCCCAUAUCCCUAUUGGAUCCCUAUUGGAUCUUCCUUAAGGCCARCCCCUCCCCCCACCACCUGUAUUUCUUCCAGAGGACCCUUUACCACUUCCCUAUCUGGCCUUUUGGGACCAAGUCCCAGGUCUUCUCUGAUCCAUUCCAAAUGUGGCCACAAGAAUAAUCUAAGGCCAGGCAUGGUGGUGCAUACCUGUAAUCCAAGCACUGGGGUGGUUGAGC